CUUUCUGUAAAUAGGUGGUGUGAGAACGAAGGCCGGCAAAAUUAGUCUGCUCUUUCUCAUCAACGAUCGAACGAUCGAUCCGACUUGUUUGGCUUUAUCAGUUUACCGUAUUCUUCGAAUAAUCUACCACAAUAGUAAACAUUUAGGAAUUUUUCUCCCAAAUACGUGAACGCUAAAAGAGUGAUGGAGGAAGUCAUUCAUCAAACAGAAACAGUCAAUCAUCUCGAUCAGCCGGUUUUGAAAGAUGAUCAUGGUGUAUUGAUUUCUGAAAAUGAAAAACACAGGCUGUCACAUGAAGCUGUUCACAAGGCACACAAAGGACAUGAAUCAAUGCAUGCACAGAUGCUACUCAUUCUGAUGAUAACUGUACUGGUGGCUCAAGUGGUUUUAGUUGAAUGGAGAAAAAGACAUUUUAGAUCGUAUCAAGGUGCAACUUUAUUUGCUAUGUGGGUGAUUCCCUUAGUAUUGUGUAUCAGGAGUUACUGGUGGCGCUUUGUAUUUUUCUGGCUCCUCUUUUCAAGUAUUUCAUCUUUAGUGUUGAGGAAAGCUCUUGAGAAACCUUUGCAUGGCUCUACUCCUCGUCUAGUUUACAAAUGGUUCUACUUUCUGCACCAAAUCAGUUGUGGCUUGGGAAUAGUGGGGUACAGCAUUAUCAUGGCCACGUUUAUGGGACUCAAUUUAAUAUUUGGCGCUCUUCCGGCAACUUGGAUGGAUUGCGGAAUCUUACUUCUGUUUUACGGGCUAUAUUAUGGAGUUCUUGGUCGCGAUCUGGCCGAAAUUGCAGCUGAAACUAUGGCCAGUAAUGCUGGGUUUUAUACUCCUGCGGGAGCAAUCCCUAACCGCUCAUUGGAUCCCAAUGUCUGUGCUGUUUGUGGAAAUCGACUCCUACUUAAAGCUGAAGAAGAGGCUAUUAUCGAGAAAACUUGCCGCUUGUCUUGCAAUCACGAGUUUCACGAGUUUUGCAUUCGUGGUUGGUGCAUAGUCGGCAAGAAACAAACUUGCCCUUACUGCCGUGAAAAAGUUGAUUUGAAGAAAAUGUUUUGCAAUCCGUGGGAACGUCCACACGUUUUGUAUGGCCAACUUUUGGACUGGAUCCGAUGGCUUGUGGCAUGGCAGCCCCUUAUUCUUUUACUUGUACAAGGCAUUUCGUGGACCCUUGGACUUGAAUAGAUCUUUUUGUUUUGUAGAUUAGUUUAUAUUUUCAUCUUCUGAUAAUAUUCAGUCAAUGCUGUUGAGAAACGUUAUUGGUUAAGGACGCCAUUCAACUGCAUGCCAGGGAAUAUUAAGUUGUUUCAUAUUCACCGCCAAUUCCAUCAGAUAAUCAUAACAUUCACACCUACAUGAAAGAUUGGAUCAUUUAAAUAAAAUCACGAAACGAUAAA